GUAUAUUGUUAGUUAUUCCGGAGGGUGAAGGAGUGAAAGGAGGGAUUAGAAAGAGGAGGAGUAGGAGGAGGAAGAGGAGGAGCUGCAGAUGGAGGAAGAGGAGGCGUCCUGCCCGUCUGUGUCCAGAGGAGAGGAGCGGCCGCCAUGUUAACCAAGAAGCCCGGAGCCUCGGUCCUUCCGACGGGCAAAGUGGGCGAGCCGGUCUACUCUCCUGGUCACAGUGGCUCUCAGACGACGUCGCCCGUCGCCCUGCCGCCGCUUCGGAACAACAACCACAACCCCCUGACGGGAGGCUCUAAAGCCACCAUGUCGGAGGCCGUCCAGCUGUCAUCACAGUCGCAGGUCCACAUCACCCAGCUGUAUGAAGAGAACACCAACAAGCGUCCGGUCCUGACCUCCCAGCCCAACGGUCUGGCUCCGCUCACCUCCACCCGGCCGGGGCUGCCGCUGCCCGACCGACAGACCUCGGCCUCAGAACCCGCUCACCACUGCCGCCAGAGCAGCGCCACUUCCAACAAGUCGAUGGACAGCAAGCCAAAGCCCAACCCCCUGUCCCCGGAGCAGGCCAUGAAGCAGUUCAUGUCCAAAAUGUCCUCAUUUGAACACCACGAAGUUUUCAACUACCCAGAGGUGUACUUUGUGGGUCCAAAUGCGAAGAAGAGGUCAGGGGUCAUAGGCGGAGCCAACAACGGUGGCUAUGAUGAUGAUCAAGGAUCCUACAUCCACGUCCCACAUGACCAUAUUGCCUACCGCUAUGAAGUCUUGAAGGUCAUCGGUAAAGGCAGCUUUGGACAGGUGGUGAAGGCCUUCGACCACAAAUCUCAGGCCCACGUGGCUCUGAAGAUGGUCCGCAACGAGAAGCGCUUCCACAGGCAGGCGGCGGAGGAGAUCCGCAUCCUGGAGCACCUGAGGAAGCAGGACAAGGACUCGAGCAUGAACGUAAUCCACAUGCUGGAGAACUUCUCCUUCCGUAACCACAUCUGCAUGACCUUUGAGCUACUCAGCAUGAACCUUUACGAGCUCAUCAAGAAGAACAAGUUCCAGGGCUUCAGCCUCCCGCUGGUCAGGAAGUUCGCCCACUCCAUCCUGCAGUGUCUGGACUCGCUGCACAAGAACCGCAUCAUCCACUGCGACCUCAAGCCCGAGAACAUUUUACUCAAGCAGCAGGGACGCAGCGGCAUCAAGGUCAUAGAUUUUGGUUCUAGCUGUUAUGAACAUCAAAGAGUUUACACCUACAUCCAGUCCAGGUUCUACCGAGCACCCGAGGUCAUUCUAGGCUCCAGGUAUGGAAUGCCUAUCGACAUGUGGUCCCUGGGCUGCAUCCUGGCUGAGCUGCUGACCGGUUAUCCACUGUUACCGGGUGAAGAUGAAGCUGACCAGCUGGCCUGCAUCAUCGAACUACUGGGCAUGCCCAGCCAGAAGCUCCUCGACGCCUCCAAACGAGCCAAGAACUUUGUGUCAUCCAAAGGCUAUCCACGGUACUGCACCGUCACCACUCUGUCUGAUGGCACCACUGUACUGAACGGUGGUCGAUCACGGCGGGGGAAGGUACGCGGCCCACCGGGUAGCAAAGACUGGAGCGUAGCACUAAAGGGCUGCGACGACCCACUUUUCCUGGACUUCCUCAAACAGUGUCUGGAGUGGGACCCGGCGCUCAGGAUUACACCCAGCCAGGCACUGCGCCACCCGUGGCUGAGGAGACGACUUCCCAAGCCGCCAGCAGGAACCACCACGGAGAAGACCUCGUCAUCCAAACGGGGCACCACCACCUCUGACGGUGCCAUCACCUCCAUCUCCAAGCUCGCCACCACCUCCUCAACCACCACAUCCUCCUCCUCCAAAACCAGGACUAACUUGGCGGCGAUCACUGACGCCAAUGGAAACAUCCAGCCUAGGACUGUUCUGCCCAAACUGGUCAGCUGAGAGUGAACGCACCCCAUUCGCUGUGGCGGGAGGUGAAAGCUGAGCUCACAAGCAGCUGCGAGCAACAAGCUGGAACUGAAUAAAACUGGUUUGUCCAGUUUUGAAGAGCGUUUGAUUUUUUCACACUGGUUUUCACAGCGUUGUUGGGGUGCGUUCAGGACUAAAACAGUUGUGGAAGUUUUGUGUUGGGUUGCUAAAAUGCAGAAUGGCUAGGCUGGGAUGUAAACUGAAACUUGACUGAUAAACUGGGGUGCGUUCUCAGUCUUGUCUGAAAAAACAAUUAGUUGUUUUACAUCGUGAGCAGCGGGACGUGUUGGAAAUGAUUGCGGGGCUGCUCAGACAAUCAAAACACACCACACCACUCUGUAGCUCCAAACACACAAACACAACACACUCAGAAAAACAUGGUGCUGACGGAGGGAACAAGGCUUUUUGAUAAUUUUUUUUUUUUUUUUUUAGCACAGAAUCUAUUUAGCUGAGCUAAUAGUCGAAUAAUCGAUCGGACACCAAAAACAACAUAUAUUGAUUUUAGUCUUACAAGGUCAUAUCUGGCAGACAAUAAUAGGGCCUCUUAAAUGUGGUUAAACUGACUAAUAGUGUCAGAUAUAUCUUUAUAAAACUAAGACUACAACUGAAAAAUGCAAUUAUUAGCAUGCUAGUCUUUGUUUCAUAUCGCUAUGAAAUAACAAAUUUUGUGUUUUAUUUCAGUUUGGGGAACAUUGGUGAGCAUUUGUCAUUAUUUCUGACUCAAGUGACGACACAAAAAAGAUCCUAUCAACCCUAACUGAACCAUCUACCUGUUAGCUGGCUAACUUUCCUAGCUAGCUGUUGUUUUACUGUGUGUUACUUUGCUAGCGUUGUGCCUGUCAGCUAGCUAACUGUUAACUGACACUGGUUUGUCGUUAGACAGCUAUAUGUUUGUGUUUAGCUGUCACAUUCUAACUCUUUAUGCUAGCAGUUAGCCUAGCAAACUUUAAAAUCAGUCAGCUAGCUAUAGCUGGCUCACUAUUUGCCUUUUUUGGCAGUCUGGUGGCUAGCCUUAGCCUCUUUUAGCCAUAGCCUGUUAGCUCUCCACUGCCCAGCCUUACAAAGCACAGACAGAAUGACAACAUGUUUUUUAACUUCUCAGAUUUAGAUUUUUUUAAGUGUUUUAACUAGUGAAGUUAGAGACAGAGAACAGAGAAAGGAGAAAAAGACCAGAAAAGAAAAAGGUCUUUGGGUUAGCCAGCACCAUUUUGUUCCCUAUUUAAUCAACCAGAUGUGAUUAUUAAUGAUACAAAAUGGCUGCUGAAAGAGCUGUGAAGAGAAAGAAGAAAGUAGACUGAAGGUGGUUUUAUGGACAAGUUAUAAAUCAUUUUAAACUCAAAGGGCUCUGAUAUUAAAAAAAUAGGAGUGUUAUAAACCAAAGUCUUGUUUAUGAGCAAAGAAACAUGAAACAGUGGCUGCAGACUAGCAUUUAUUUAAUAUAGUUUAUAUUUGGUCAGCCAACAUUAAAAGACAAGAUUAAAAAGCUGUCUAGUCGCCUGGAUAACAUGGAUUACAAAUUUUCCAACAUACUUUGCCACUGACAGACUACUCCUGAAUUUUAGUAACAUUUUGAAGGACUAUAAGUCAGAAGUAGCCAUUUUAACUUAUUCCAGAUAUGAGGGCAAAAUCAUUUCAGCGUGCUGACCAAAUUCCAAGCAUCAGGAAAAGACUCAGCUGCACAGAAAUCACAUGACACCAAAAUAUCUUCCAUAAUGUAACAGCAUACAGUGGUGUUUGUUUAGAUGACUGUUAAGUUGGAGUUUGGAGGGACAGCAAAGACAGCAGAGAGAGCUGAAUGUUUAUCCCCUCUGGCUGUUUGGAAAACAAAGCAUCUCCAAGGAUUUCACAGCUUUAAAUCCUCAAUUAAAAUAAGAGAGAGUCUGUCCUAAGCCUGAAAGAUUGGAGAGCCUGUAUGUCUGGGAUAACCAGGACAUUUUAUGAUAGUUCUUAAACUUUUAUGUAACUGAAGCUCAGCAGCAGCAGUUAUAGUCUGACGGUACCCUGCAUAUAGGCCCCGUACAGAGAAAUGUGAGUCAUAUUUUAGGACUGCACACUCUUAACACUGUGUUACUGUGCUGCUCGUCUGAAUAGGUCAGCUGGUUAUAUAGAGAUAUAUCCUUCUGGUCUCAGCAUGUAGGUGUUAACGCUGCAGCAGUCAACCAAGACUUUAAUUCCUAUACUUAUCAAGUGCUUCAUUAAGACUUGACUCCAAGUGAGGGUGAAGAUUAACACAAGAAAUUGUGAUGAAGUCUGGAAUAAAAAGAGGAAGAGUCACUUCAGCUGACUCAGUAACUAACACAGUGAUAGUGCUGGGUUAAAGAUAGCUUCCGUUUUAAUUCAGGGUUUCCGUAAAAGUAAUGAGAAUACUUAUUCUUCUCUUUUAUCACAAAUAAUACCACCAUUUAAAAGGGUUCCAGUCACACCAGUAUGUUUGGCAUGAAUUGUAAUCACUUGAGAUACAUGUGCAGUUGUGGUGUAGGUGUCUCCUCCCUGCAGAUCCUGUUUUCUAUGACAGAUUAAUUAGUCAUGUAAUACACUCUGUACCACUGUUUCACCUGUGGCAGAAAAACAAACACAACUAAAACCCCCAUAGGUCACGCUGGGCCCCUUGCUAACACUCUUACUAGUUUAACAACAUUAAGGCUGCAAACAACCAAUCAUAUGACUGGGUAUCUCUGGGAGUGGAAGUCAGUGAGCAGGACUAGUGUUUGUCAAUAUUGGAUAUUUAUAUGACUUAUUGCAUCAAUUUAAUUAAGAACUUGAUUUGUUAGCUUCUUAAUUCACUAUUAAUUGACCAAAAACAGGCGUAGCACUCUGGUUAUUGUAUCCAUUAACUGUAUACUUCCAAUGUAUUAUAUCAUGAUAUAAAUUGAUGAUAUGAAACAGUUAUAAACAAAUUUAUAUUUAUAGAGGACUCUACACUCUAUGCCUCUAUCUGGUGUGACUGGACCUAAAUACUAUUGAAUAAUAUUGAUUUAUACUACAGCUGAUCUAUAAGUUUGAAGUAACACAGCAGCAAUAUAGCACAAGGCUGCAACAAAGUAUGAGCUGAAAUAAUGAAAUAAACAGAUCCAAAACAUACAAAUGAGCAGUUAAAAUAAUGAGUAAAUGAGCAGCAAACCGACUGGUAAUAUAUUGAUCAAAGUUCAGUAUUGAUUAAUGGAUCUAUCAAUGUGAUUGGGGCAGGGAUGGGAGGGGCGUUAGAAGAUGCUUCUUAUUUAUUUACUACACUUUAAUAUUUAUUAAUCUAAUCUACAUAUUUACUAUGAUGUGCAGUUCAUACCGUAUACUUGAAUGUGUGUGUGUGUCGGGUGUAUGUAGCAGCGUGUGUGCAAUGUCGACGUUACGAGAGGUUUUUCUUAAAGCUUGUUCCCUCACACAAACACACAUAUAUCUAUAUGAACACACAACCGUAUCUGAACGCACUCUGAAAACCGGGUCACACUGGGACAAGGAUGAAGAGGAGGAGGAGAAGGAGGAGGAAGAUCCCAGGGUUGGUCGUGUGCGCCGUUGGCCCGGCAACUGUGUUGUAAUGUAGCACACAAGAAGUGGACAACAGUGACGUGAAGCACAGAAGGAACUUCUAAUGUAAAACACAGACACUACCUGCUCCGCCCAUCUCAGGGGGAAGCUCCGCCCCCUCUUGAAGGAGGAGGAGGAGGAAGUGGGGGGCGGUCCUCUUUGAUGUUUUUGUUUGUUUUCUAAAGAUUUGAUUGGUUGGUUGGUUGUUUGUGUUUUUUUAAUUUUUUAUGUUUUUUAGUGAGAAGGAGUGCUGAGAGUCGUAACUUUGUGCCUUCAGUAUCAUAGCCAUGUCACGCCCACACAACACACACACACUCUCACACACACACACACACACACACACACAUUUAUUGUGGUGAUGUCAUGGCAAUCACUCAUUUUGGUGCAACUCACAAUGUUAUCUUGAAGCCUCAAGUUACCCCAGGGAGCUCCACCAAUCAGAUGCGUUUAAUCGUAUUUGAUUAACAAUACUUUAUUAUUAUAUAUCAGAGCUGAAAGUUGCUUCAAAUACCGAUAUGGCCCAGAUGAAGCACCACAUAGGCAUCACAUUAAAUAAUAAUACAUUUUAUUUAUAGGCGACUUUCAAGGACACCUUACAACACUCAGUAAAAGAUAAAAUGCAAGUACAUGGCAUAAAAUCCAAAAUUAAAAUAAAUAUAAUUGCAUAAAAGUAAAUAUGAUAAAAUAAUGACUCAGAAGAAGUGCUCAACGAAAAAGAACAACAUAAAUUCCCUUUGGCAUUUUUACUUUUUCUAUUUCUGUCAGCUAAUCAAUUAAUUGGCGAACUGUUGCAGCUCUAGCAAUGUUCACAAUAAUACGUCAUAUUUAUUCAAAAGUUGAUUAAGACGAUGCCAACACUUUUCUGUUGAUAGAGGAUGAGUCGAGUGGCCACAACUUAGGAAGUUGGACACUCAACCAUCCCAAUUGACUUGAAUGCAGCAAAAGUAGCUAAUGCUAAAUGGUGGAGUCAUUUAUGGAAGCCCAUUUCUGCCCAGACAGGAAAACAAUUAAUGAAGGAUGCAGAUAAAAAUACAAUAUAAAUCGAAAUUACUACAAGUUAGCAUAACAUAUUAAGUUGUAAUUAUGAGAAAUUUUGACGUAGUGAAUCUCAUUUUGAUGAAUUGAUGAGUCAAAAAUUUGACCAAUUCUGAGACAUAAUGCAUCAAAAUUUUGAUUUGCUGACUCAGUUUAAGAAUUUUAUAUUGCGUUAUCUUUCAUAAUGUGUUAUUUUGACUUGUAAUAAGUCAUAAUUUUGAAGUCAUGACUAUAAAUUCUAUCUUAUAAUUUUUCCUUUCUAUCUCAUAAUUUUGACUAAGAAUCUCAACAUUUAUCAACUUAAAGACAGUCUAGAUUUUUAUUUUAUCAUCUAAUUUAUGUCAUUUUCUAUUUAGAAAUUCUAAAUAUUGACUUGGUAUUAUUGUUGUCAUGCCUCACAAUUAAUCUAUUUUGAAAAUUUGGGGGCUUAAAUAGAAUUAAUUUCUAUUUCCAGAGCCAGUAAAGCAGGCCAAUGCACCAACCACAGACUGUAGCUUUAAACUGACUAACAAUGACAUCUUCAUGUGUUUGUGUGUGUGUUUUGGGGUGACAGGGGGUGGGGUGGGGUGGGGGGUGGGGGGGUGUAACAUGGCUGCACAAUGUACAGACACAUAUCAGCCAACUGUCGCCAACUGACGACAGUUAGGCUAAGCUAACACUAGCCGACUGCUAGCGUCUAGCCGCUAGCUGCUGCACUGAUGUUUAUAUUCUCUACAGUGAAGCUAGCACUAGCCUACUGCUAACUGACUGCUAGUAGCACAUAGCAAGUUUUUACCUGCUAGCUACAGUCGCGUUGAGCUCCUCACAAGUGUGCUUGAUCAGGCUGUAAGCAUUAGCAUUAAUGUGGUUUUAAAGAAUUUUUUCAUGUUGGUACCUCAGAUUGCUCAGUUAUCAUUAUUAUUAUGAUUAUUACUGUUGUCAUUGUUGUGACUAACACCCAGGGCAUUUGGUUGAAUCUACCAAAGUGCAUUCCUUUACAAAGCUAGCUUAGAGCUAGUCGCUCAAACAGACAGACAGGUAUAGGUAGGAAGUACAACAGAAAGUAAGCGAAUAGAGAGGCAAUCAGAGGAGAAGCAGCUGCUGCCUUUCAGAUGAUGAGGAGGGAAGAAAAACAUGAAGGUGUUAUGUUUUUGUUUUUUAAAAAAAAUAUUAACAGACUGCAGUCACACAGGAACGUGAAGUCUGGUUCAUCUGACCUCUUGGUAGGAUGUGUGAAAGCAGCUGUAGCCUAGCUAGCCUGCUACCCUGCUAGCCAGUUAGCCUACUAGCUCGUUAGCCAUUUAGAUUAUAUCAGGAGGUCACAGCAGCCAGAGGUUAGCCACUGUUAGUGUGAAGGUGCGCUAUUAAUCUGUGAUGUUUGCCAGCUGCAUUUUAUUGUGGAUUUUAUCUGUAAAUAAUGUGGAAAAAUGUUUGAAUAAUAAUUUUUUUUUGGGUUGAAUGCGCUGCUGUGCCACGCCGCAGCGUUUUACAAUGUACUGUAUCUACUGUACAGAACACAGAAGUUGACACUUUUCUAGUGAGCCUUUGUUAAAUUUUAUUGUGGUGGAAAAAUUGUUAUUAUUAUUAUUAUUAUUAAUAAAACAGUUUUAUUGUU